AUGGCGGACAUCGGUGACGAAGGAAACACUGUGUCCGAGCCCCUCGACCUGGUUCGUCUGCUGCUGGACGAAGUCGUCUUUGUCAAGCUGAGAGGCGACCGCGAGCUCAAGGGCAGACUUCAUACUGACCCUGAGUCGCAUCAGGCUUAUGACAGCCAUUGCAACCUUGUGCUAGGGGAGGUCGAGGAGACCAUCUACGUGGUCGAUGACGAUGAGGAGGAUGAGGAGGUCAAGGUUCGUGUUCUCGAACUCCUUGAAUAG